AUGGAUGAAAUGUAUUUGGACGUAGCUGGCGGAUAUGAAGAAGAUUGCAAAAUAACUCAAAUGCAGUACCACUCUUUCCUUCCGUAUUCGACUACAGCUUUAUCCAAUAACGAUGAAAUUAGAAUAUCUAUUCAAAAUAUGGACGCUUACACUUUGCCUUGCGAGAGCUAUCUUUACAUUGAAGUGGAAAUACAAAAAUUAAAAUCUCCUGGAAUAUCUUCGAGUCUUAAAGGUUUUUGCUCGCACACUCCGAGUGAAUUGAACAAUCUACAAAAUGCUGCUUGGGACGUAGAUAUGGAUGCCAGUGAAAAUAAACAUUUCAUGUUAAAUAACAAAUUCGCUGGUUGUAUCCCGCUCAAACACUUGUUUGGAUUUUGUGAAGAUUAUAAAAAAAUACUACUCAACUGUAAUCAACAAAUAAUUUUAAACAGAUCAUCUACAGAUUUUGAUGCGUUGUAUGUUUUGACGACAACUCCUAAUGAAAAACUUAAAAAAGUAGCCAUUGAAUUAAAUAAAAUUAUCUGGAAGAUGCCCAUCAUCAGAGUUAGUGAUAAAGAAAAAAUAAAACUGUUAAAAGUAUUAGACUCUCGUAAACCAGUUGCGUGUGCGUUCAGAAAUUGGGACUUGUGCGAGUAUCCAGUUCUCCCUCAGAACACUUCUCAUUCGUGGACGGUAAAAUCAAGCAGUUUGUUGGAGAAACCUAGAUUUGCAUUAAUCGGACUUCAAACCGAUCGAAAAAAUAAUUAUUUAAUCCAUCAGGACGAUUCGAUCACUGCUAUUUGA